CGUUUUUGUCGUGCGACAACCGACUGUAAUGCUGACAUGGCUGCAACUGUGAGGUGCGGGGAGAAAUUGCCCUGCUUCCUCUGGUUUAUGCUGCUGGUGUUUGUUUCAUUUGCACUGUUGCCACCCCCAGUGUCAGCUCUUGUAGAAGGGCUUUACUGUGGUACCAGGAUAUGUUACGACGUUCUGGGUGUGAGUCGUGAAGCCACAAAAUCUGAGAUCGCACGGGCAUACCGGCAACUCGCUCGGAAGCAUCACCCCGACAAACACCGUGGCAUCGGCUCUGAAGAAGCGCACGACACAUUCCGGUUGUUAGCAACAGCAUACGAGACUCUAAAAGAUGAAGAAACUCGCAAGGACUAUGACUACAUGCUUGACCAUCCUGAAGAGUACUUCAGUCACUACUACCAUUACUACAGAAGAAGGCUGGCUCCAAAAGUCGACGUCCGUGUGGUCAUUCUUGUUACAGUUCUUGCCAUAUCUGUGUUUCAGUAUUACAGUUGGUGGACCAGCUACAGGGAAGCUGUUAACUACCUUGCCACAGUGCCAAAGUACCGAAUACAGGCUGCAGAAAUUGCCAAACAGCAGGGUUUACUCAAUAAAACUAAAGAAAGGGGCAAAAACCGCCGCUCUAAGGAAGAAAUUCGAGAAGAGGAGGAGGAAAUUAUACGAGACAUUAUCAAAAAUAAAAUAGAUAUCAAAGGUGGUUACCAGAAACCACACUUAUAUGACAUACUACUGUUCCAGAUUCUUUUGGCCCCUUUCUACUUGUGCAGGUAUAUUGUCUGGUACUGCUACUGGAUAUACCGAUUUAAAAUCAAACAAGAAGAGUAUGGCAAUGAAGAAAAACUGUACAUCAUUCGGAAGUACAUGAAGAUGUCACAGAGCCAGUUUGACAGUCUGGAGGACCAUCAGAAAGAAACCUUUCUUGAAAAAAAACUCUGGAUAAAAGAGAACUUUGAGACGCACAAACAAGAAGAGGAGGAGGAAAUGAAGAAGAAAAUGGCUCUUGACCCUCGAUGGAAAAGAUACAGACGAUGGAUGAAAAAUGAAGGCCCUGGCAGACUAACAUUUAUAGAAGACUGAAAUGUAAUUCUGUGGGCUACAGAGCUGAUGAGAGCAACACAUUAUUUUCAUAGUUAAAUUAUAUUGUUUUUAUAUUGUACUGCACUGACACUCAAAAAAUAACCUGGACUGAAAACGCAGUUGCAGACGUACUGGUUCUAAAUUCUCAAGUCUUUACUUGUGAAAAUAAGCAGCUCUCAACUGUUGUCAUGCUUGUUUUAAUAGGGAUUUGUAAAUUCCUUAGUGAAUAUCCCUUUUAAUAUCAAGUUCAAAAUUUAUGAAAACCUGCUGUACAUGUCAAAAGCCCUGUAUUUUUGAAAGCUGGGCCUUGUUAAAUAUAUAUAUAUAUAUAUAUUUUAUUUA